CUGAGACGGCCGUUUCCUGUCCUGGUGCAUGGUGGUCGGACGGAGGAAUUGUUGGAAAAUUUCUCGGCGAGGUAGACAAUGUUAUUAGCCCAGAUAAAUCGAGACUCUCAGGGAAUGACAGAAUUUUCAGGAGGGGGGAUGGAGGCUCAGCAUGUAACACUCUGUUUAACAGAGGCUGUAGCUGUGCAAGAUGGAGACAACUUGGACAACAUGGAAGGAGUAAGCUUACAAGCAGUUACGCUCUCAGAUGGGUCCACAGCCUACAUUCAACAUAAUUCUAAAGAUGGCAAAUUAAUGGACGGUCAGGUGAUUCAGCUAGAAGAUGGCUCAGCUGCCUACGUUCAGCAUGUUCCCUUGUCUAAAAGUAAUACAGGAGAUAGUCUUCGUUUAGAAGAUGGACAGGCAGUUCAGCUUGAGGACGGAACUACAGCUUUCAUUCAUCACACUUCAAAAGACAGUUAUGACCAGAGUGCCCUGCAAGCUGUACAGCUAGAAGAUGGUACCACUGCUUAUAUUCACCAUACAGUGCAGGUUCCUCAAUCAGAUACCAUCUUAGCCAUUCAGGCUGAUGGCACAGUGGCAGGUCUUCAUACAGGAGAUGCUACUAUUGAUCCAGAUACCAUCUCUGCUUUGGAACAGUAUGCAGCCAAGGUGUCUAUUGAAGGAAGUGACAAUGUUAGUAGUACUGGGAUGAUAGGAGAUAAUGAACAAGAUAAAAAAAUGCAGAUUGUCUUGCAAAGCCAUAGCACAAGAGUGACAGGUAAAUCACAGUCAAGUGGAGACAAGGCUUUUCGGUGUGACUAUGAUGGAUGUGGAAAACUGUACACCACUGCUCAUCAUCUUAAGGUACAUGAAAGGUCACACACGGGAGACAGACCAUAUCAAUGUGACCACCCAGGUUGUGGAAAAGCAUUUGCAACAGGUUAUGGAUUAAAAAGCCAUGUCCGAACCCAUACCGGAGAGAAGCCAUAUCGGUGUUCAGAAGAGAACUGUACAAAGUCCUUCAAGACUUCAGGAGACCUACAGAAGCACAUCAGAACACACACAGGUGAAAGACCUUUCAAGUGCCCCUUUGAAGGAUGCGGUAGGUCGUUCACAACAUCGAACAUAAGAAAGGUUCACAUCAGGACACAUACAGGGGAAAGACCCUAUUAUUGUACAGAGCCAGGGUGUGGAAGAGCAUUUGCUAGUGCAACUAAUUACAAGAAUCAUGUGAGAAUACAUACAGGGGAGAAGCCGUAUGUAUGUACAGUCCCUGGCUGUGAUAAACGUUUUACAGAGUAUUCCAGUUUAUAUAAACAUCAUGUUGUACAUACACAUUCCAAACCAUAUAACUGUAAUCACUGUGGGAAAACCUACAAGCAGAUUUCCACGCUUGCGAUGCACAAGCGGACAGCACACAAUGACACAGAGCCAAUAGAGGAGGAGCAAGAAGCAUUUUUUGAGCCACCUCCAGGUCAAGGUGAAGAUGUUCUCAAAGGAUCUCAAAUAACUUAUGUAACAGGUGUAGAAGGAGAGGAUGUUGUUUCUGCACAGGUUGCUACAGUGACUCAAACUGGACUGGGUCAGCAAGUGGCACUUAUUUCCCAAGAUGGAACUCAGCAUGUUAACAUAUCUCAGGCUGACAUGCAAGCCAUUGGAAAUACUAUCACUAUGGUAACACAAGAUGGCACCACAAUCACAGUUCCUGCCCAUGAUGCAGUUAUUUCUUCUGCGGGAACACAUUCCGUUGCAAUGGUCACAGCAGAGGGCACUGAAGGACAGCAGGUUGCCAUCGUGGCUCAAGAUUUAGCAGCAUUCCAUAGUGCUUCCCCAGAAAUUGGACAUCAGCAACAUGGGCAUCAUUUAGUAACUGCAGAUUCUAGACCUGUUACAUUGCUGGCAACAUCCAAUGGAACACAAAUUGCAGUGCAGCUUGGAGAGCAGCAGUCUUUGGAAGAAGCAAUUAGAAUAGCUUCCAGAAUACAACAAGGUGAAACACCAGGAAUGGAUGAUUAACUCCUAAGAUGACUAAAGGAACAAUAGACUUAUUUACAUUUUAUUUUCAAUCAACAAAGGUCCAUGCCAGCUGAAAUCUAUAAAAAGUUUGACAUAUUCUUGCAUACUAAUACUCUGCACACACCUUACGCAAGAGUGAAGAACAUUUCAUGUGUAUAAUGUCUCUGUACAUGAACCUUGGGAAUAUAUGAUUUCCACCUCUUAGACUCUUUUUCUGCCCAGGACAACAGAAUUAGGAUUUUAUGUUAAAUUUUAUUGCUUAUACUUACAUUAGAUUCCAAACCAGAUUACAGGGAAGCAGCAGCUACUAUAGAAAUACUGGGAUGAGUUUUGAAGUCACUCAAAUACAAUGAAGGCAUUGCUGAAGAUUUCAUGGGUUUAAACUGUAACAACAGUAAUCAUUUCAAAAAUCCUUUGGAAGCAGAACAGUUUUAAAUGUUUCUCACAUACAGAAGAGUUCUGAAUUUUGAGACCUUUGUAAAUAAUACAUUUCGAAGUGUGUUUCAUACACAAUCUGAAGAUUCAUAUUCUUUAGCUUUCCCAUCCCAACUCACAGAUUGUAAAUACAGACUGUUCAUGCUGGAAGUGCUAAUUAUAAUACAUUUGAA